AUGGCUCCUCUGCCUCUCCUCUUCGCGCCCGUGCGUCCUCCCGCACCGCCGCGCUCAGCUCCUCCGCGCCGUCUCGGCCGCUCGGCCACGUCCAGCCAGUGCGCCACCCCACCGAACCGAGCCCGCCACGGCGUAAAGCCGCUCACACCGAGCCGCCGUGACCCACCUCGACUCCAGCCGGGCCGCACCGACCCAGCCGUGCCGUGCCACCCACGCGCCGUCGCCGUUCGUCACGGUGAGCCGCCUCCCUUUCCACUGCUCUCCCUCUGCGCCGACCUGCGCCGCCCGUGCGCGCCAAGCCGCUGCUGCCGUGCCCCUCUGGCCGCCGUUCCGUCGUGGCCGAGCCGUCACCUCGCGCCACCGGUCGGACUGCAGCUCCACCGCGCCAUCCGGCCUCCCGCCGUCCCGCGCUCGCAUCUGUGCGUCGUGCUGCCGUCGUGCGUGCUGGUCCGCCGGCGCUUCACCGCCCCGGCCAACCUCCUCUCUUCCAGGCGUGCCACCCUCUCCAGCUCCCUCAUCCCCUUGCUCGGCCGCCGCCCAGCGCAGCCGCCGUGCGCGUCGCACUCCUGGUCGCGCCGCGCCGUGCAGCCGCCGCCCGCAGCCGGCUCGCCGCCAGGUCGCCGCGCACACCAUCUCUCCAUCUCCUCCGGCUGCUCCGCGCCGUUCUUCCGGCCACCGCCUCCCGGCCUUCUUCCGUCCCGAGAACCCCAGCGUCGUCGCUUCUUCUCCGCCGGCCACCUCCCUCUGGCGAGCUCCGGCUCCCCCUCCCUUUUCCGGCGCCGUCGCUUGUUCCCUCUCCUCCGGCGCCACCGCUGCCCCUCACUCCGAUCUCCUCCGCCUCUCUCUGAGCCGCACAGGCAAAAUGGCCCGGCCGGCCUUAUCCUCCCCCCUGCCUUAUCUGCUCCCUCUCUCUAG